UCUUCAACUCUCACCCUUCAUUUCUUCGUCUUCUCCGUCUCUCUCUGCUACCGUGAAUCCAUUGGUCUAUGUUGUCCUGAAUCUAUUCUACCAUUUGCUAUUAAUCCUAACGAAAAUCGAUUUUUUUUGUUGUAUUCCCUUGUUGUUUCUUCCUUGGUGGAUUGCUCUCCCCCCUUUCCCCUUCCCCCUUUGCCCUCUGUUUCAAGGGAAGGAAAGGGAUUCUGCAAAUUCUCGCCCACCUCCUCCCUUUUCUCGCCUUUUGGGCUGCUCUUGUUUCUGAGAAUGGUGGGUGCAAAUGCCAUAAAAUCGCAGAGCUCCUCAAGGGUGGCUUUGGGUCGUCUCUGAAAGAGUUCUAUUGAUUGGCGGUGUUUUGCAUCCAUCAUUCACGGGUUGCCUGCUUUUUCUAGCGGUUUUCAUCGCCCUGCUUCGUGGAAAUUCGAUCCAAAGGGACGAACUAGUUAAACUUUCUGGGUUUUGUUGGAGGUAGGUUAUGUGAGUGAUGGUUUCAACUACAAUUCUGAGAUUUGUUUCGAGUUGCUGGAGGCCAGUUGUUGACGGGGAAUCGAUCAAGAGAGUCGGAGAUGCAAGUACAGGUCGCGUUGAUGGAUUGCUGUGGUACAAAGAUUUCGGGCGACAUGUAAAUGGGGAAUUCUCCAUGGCAGUGAUUCAAGCAAACAAUCUGCUGGAAGAUCAGAGCCAACUCGAAUCCGGGCCUUUGAGUUCGGUCGAAUCGGGACCUCGUGGUACAUUUGUGGGAGUCUAUGAUGGUCAUGGAGGUCCAGAAGCUGCCCGAUUCGUCAACGAGCGCCUUUUCGAAAAUAUUAAGAUGUCCCAUAACACAGAGUUUACAUCCGAGGGUCGUGGAAUGUCUAGCGAUGUCAUCACCAAGGCGUUCUUGACUACGGACGAGGAGUUCCUUGGUCUGGUGAAGAGCCAAUGGCUAAACAAGCCACAAAUUGCUUCUGUGGGAGCAUGUUGUUUGGUAGGGGUAGUAUGUAGUGGACUUCUAUACAUUGCCAACGCGGGCGAUUCUCGGGUGGUAUUAGGAAGGAUCGAAAAGACGACGAAGCAACAGGAGGAAGUUAAGGCCGUUCAGUUAUCUUCAGAACACAACGCGAGUAUGGAAUCUGUGAGAGAGGAGUUGCGACAGUUGCAUCCCGAUGAUCCUCAGAUUGUGGUGCCUAAGCACAAUGUUUGGCGUGUCAAGGGGAUAAUCCAGGUUUCAAGAUCUCUAGGAGAUGCUUACUUGAAAAGAGCAGAGUUCAAUCGUGAACCUUUAUUGGCAAAAUUCAGAUUAUCUCAAUCAUUUGAAAAGCCAAUCUUACUAGCGGAGCCAACAAUCGAAGUGCAUAAACUAACUCCCGAAGAUCAGUUUCUAAUAUUUGCAUCAGACGGCUUGUGGGAGCACCUGACCAAUCAAGAAGCAGUCGACAUUGUACACAAUUCUCAUCGCAAUGGUGUGGCAAGGAAGCUCUUAAAGGCGGCACUACAAGAAGCAGCGAAAAAGAGGGAAAUGAGAUACUCGGAUUUGGAAAAGAUCGACCGUGGUGUGAGGAGACAUUUCCAUGAUGACAUUACAAUCAUAGUUUUGUUUCUGGAUUCAAAUACGAUAAGCCGCAGCACGUCCAGAAAUCCACGUGUCUCAAUACGAGGGGGAGGUGUGCCAUCCUGGGUAUAGCUCCAAUGUUUAGUUCCCGCGAGUUCGACUACCGUGUAUAUGCCCCUUGGUGCGGCGAGGGUUAGGAUGGGGGAUCGGGAGAUGAGAAGAAACGAGAGGGUACUAUCGAAGAGUACUUAGCACUUGGAGUAAAAUAAGAUAACCUAUUUUGUGCAAUUUUCCCUUUUUAUUAACAAGGAAUUGAGGGGGUGUCUCAAGAACCCUUCGAUUGUAUAGAAAAUUCAGAAAAAGGAAGAAAUGAAAAACACAAAAAAAAAAAGAAUUUUCAGUCCACUUCAGUUCAUUGUCAUGUGAUCAACCAUCAAUGAGUUUUUUUCUCCGACAAAUUUACUUGUAUUGCACGAGAUACAUGUUUGAAAGGUUCAAUAAUCAAGAAGUAAAGUCAAUACACCUGAACAAG